AUGGUUUCGAAUCUGUCAAUCAUUAGUCAUCCUGUCGCUGUGACCUUGCCGGAGGUCAAGUGGCUGUUGGAUUUGACGUCCUUGAACCAGUGGGCUCCGGCCCUGAACGCAGAGGUCCCCCGGGAGAUACUUGACAUGAUCCAGCCGCUUGUUCCACAAAGCUCAAUCAUCGGGGCAAGGGGGGAUGUUAUUGAUGGGCCCGCUCGUCAGGCAAAAACUGAACGCCUGAAGACCCAGGUGAAUGUGCUCUACACGACUAUCCAGCAGGCAAACCAGGACUUCUGGUCUGCUCUUGCAAGUCCAGCAAGACAUCUGGCAGCGCGCCCUAGUGCAUCCUCUGCAGGAAGCGUGGAGGAAACGCAGUUGACCUUGAUGUGGAACUAUCAAUCAUGGGGUGAGACGCCGGGGGCAAUGGAAUUUAUCAAGGCACAAUCCACAAAGUGA